CAAAAAAAGUUGAUAUAUUUUUCAUAAAUUUCCACCAUGUUUGCCUGCAUAUAAUAUUUUGUAUCUACAAAUAAUCGUAAAUAAUAUGGUAACUUCAAAGAGAUAACCCUUUGGUAUACAUCAUAAUUCAUCUAUCACUUAUAUGCAUGCAACAAUAACAACAAAUCAAGUAAAGGAGUGGGCAGAUAAAGCCCAUUCAACCCUUCAAAGGGCUGAAAAAUUGUGUACAAAUGCUGAAGAUCUGCUUAACUCAACUGCGUUCCAAUUGACUACUCAUUUACCAGAUAUAAUAGACGAAGCAGCUACGUUAUUUGAUGCUUUAAAGAGACAACAUGAACUCAUAAUGAAAAUAGUCGAACCACUUACACUGUUAGCUUGUCGAUCAUUAAUUGAAAUUCCACAGAUGCAAUUCAAUACUUUACUAAAUCCUGCUUUAAGCAAUUUAGAGGCCAUAGUUCAACAAUUACAUCAUACCAGCAUACCUUCAUUCUUAAUAUCUGAAGCACCGAUGGAUGGUCCAGAGAGGCCAUUAGAUGAUUUCAUUUCAACAGACUCAAUCACUCUUCUAAAAGUUAAUAUCGAGAUAUACAGAAAUAAUUGGCUCAAGAUAAGAAAGGUUGCGGAAACGCAAUUAAAGGAACAAAUUACUGAUGUUAUGCAUAAUAAUUUAUCGAAAAAGUAUGCUAAGAUAGUUAAAUUAUACGAUGAAAUCAAACCUCUACAAAUAGAUGUUAAGAAUUCAACCACAGGAAAGUCACCAUUAGAAUCAAACACGUUAAUUGCAACCAUUCUUAAAGAAAAUAUGUCACUUGAACAUGAACUUGUUAAACUAUUGAAAAUGUUAACUAAUCAUUAUGAUCAAUGUACAAAAGCAGUAGAGUUUGUUAGUAAUAAUUCAACUCUACCAAAUAAUUUAGAGAUUUUGAAAAAUGAUACUCUAGAGCUACCAGACGUGUUAAGGGAUUUAAAUUCAGUAUGUGAUAUGAUAGUCAAUAAUGAAACUCGAGCUCAAAGAUUUCUAGAUGCCAAUUCUCCUAAAAUAGAACUAAUAAUAUCUUCCACAAGAGAUCAAUUGGAUCAAUACCGAGAGUUUAAGUCAAAGAAUUUACCACAAUUUCUGUUAUUAGUAAACAAGUUUGAAGAAAUAAUUUCGAAAUCUUCACUUCCAGAAGAUUUAGAUUCAAAUCAAAGUCCUAUAGAAAGAUAUGCAGAGACGUUAAACGAAUUAACAUAUCACUACACUCAAUGUUUAUACGUUAUAAGAACUCAAUACUUGGAAGAAUUACACCGUGAACAGUUUAAAUAUCCAAAGCUUUUCUUGAGUUCGUUGACAGAAUUUUUAAAUGAAAACAUGUACAAACUUCAAGUUCAAGAGAAAAUAAGAAGAAAAGAAUGGUUAGCGAAGUAUGGUAGUUUUAUACCAAAAGAAUUUAAAAUCCCAGGUGAAAAAAAUCAACCAGCGAUUGUUCAAGUUAUCACAGAAGGUCUAGAAGAUGUGCAAAGAGAUGCAACAGAAAUAGAAUUAGAAGAGAGAAUGUUAGUCGACUACAUCAAUAAGCUUAAAUCUCAAAAUCCAUCCCGAAGAAAGAGGUCAACUUAAGUAGUACAAUUAUAAUUAUCAUAUAGUUUUUUAUGUGCAGGACACUCAAAAAUAUAGUAUAAUCU